GCCACUUCAUGUUUCUGGCAGCUCCGCCCCGGUGCCGUCGCGCCUCCCAUUCAUCGCCUUGUACUCUUCUUCUCUGUUGUUCCUGUCCAUCCUCGUCUUCAUCGGCUCAACGAUCACAAACUCACUAAAGCGGAAAAAAAUACAUACACACCAUAAUCAUGGCUUACACGACUGCAGGCGGGACCAAGAAGAAGGUGUGCUACUACUACGACGGUGACAUCGGAAAUUAUUACUACGGGCAAGGGCAUCCCAUGAAACCACAUCGCAUACGCAUGACUCACAACCUACUGCUCAACUACGGGCUUUACAGGAAAAUGGAAAUAUACAGACCACACAAAGCCACAGCAGAGGAGAUGACAAAAUACCACAGUGACGAUUACAUCAAGUUCCUCCGAUCCAUACGGCCAGACAACAUGUCCGAGUUCAGCAAGCAAAUGCAGCGGUUCAACGUUGGAGAGGACUGUCCCGUGUUCGAUGGCUUGUUUGAGUUCUGCCAGCUGUCCACUGGUGGCUCUGCUGCGGGCUCGGUGAAACUGAACCGGCAGCAGACUGACAUCGCAGUGAACUGGGCGGGAGGACUCCACCACGCAAAGAAGUCUGAGGCGUCUGGCUUCUGCUACGUCAACGACAUCGUCCUGGCCAUCCUGGAGCUGCUCAAGUACCACCAGAGGGUGCUGUACAUCGAUAUUGACAUCCAUCACGGAGAUGGAGUGGAGGAAGCCUUCUACACCACAGACAGGGUCAUGACCGUGUCCUUCCAUAAAUAUGGGGAGUAUUUCCCCGGGACCGGAGACCUCAGGGAUAUUGGAGCUGGAAAAGGCAAAUAUUACGCGGUCAACUUCCCACUGAGGGACGGCAUCGAUGAUGAGUCAUACGAGCAGAUCUUCAAACCUGUGAUGGCCAAGGUGAUGGAGAUGUACCAGCCGAGCGCCGUGGUCCUUCAGUGCGGCGCCGACUCGCUCUCCGGAGACCGCCUUGGCUGCUUCAACCUCACCAUCCGCGGCCAUGCCAAGUGUGUCGAGUACAUGAAGUCCUUCAACCUGCCGCUGCUCAUGCUGGGCGGAGGCGGCUACACCAUCCGCAACGUGGCGCGCUGCUGGACCUACGAGACAGCUGUGGCCCUGGACACGGACAUCCCAGAUGAGCUGCCGUACAACGACUACUUUGAGUACUUCGGCCCCGAUUUCAAGCUGCACAUCAGCCCCUCCAACAUGACCAACCAGAACACGCAGGAGUACAUGGACAAGAUCAAGCAGCGUCUGUUUGAGAACCUGCGGAUGCUGCCUCACGCCCCCGGGGUGCAGAUGCAGGCGAUCCCCGAGGACGCCGUCCCAGAUGACACGGUGGACGAGGACACCGAGGACCCCGACAAACGCAUGUCCAUUCGUGCCUCAGACAAGAGGAUAGCCUGCGAUGAGGAGUUCUCGGACUCCGAGGAUGAAGGAGAGGGAGGCAGGCGGAACGUGGCCAAUCACAAAAAAGGAGCCAAGCGGCAGAGGGUAGAGGACGACAAGAAGGAGGGCGAGGAGAAGAAAGCCGAGAUAAAAGAGGAAGAGAAAGGGAAAGACAGCAGUGCUGAGAAGCCGGACUCAAAAAGCAGCGUAAAGACUGAGCAGACCAGCAGUGCCUGAUUUGUUUAUUUUUUUGAUUAUUUUUUUUCUACCACAACACAACGGUGCUGUCCGCCCUUCGAGGAUCCAACUCUUACCCAACUCCGCAUCAAAAGCAUUAUAUUUAUUACCGAUCUCCAUGUCCUACUUGUAAAUCUCUUGUGAAUGUUGAUUUGUUUUUCCUUUGUGUACGGUGAGAGUGGAUUCCUGCAAUCCACCACCAACUUGAAUUUGCCAUAUCUGCUUCCUUCGAGACCAUUUAAUUGCAUUCAUUCCAAUGUGCUCAGCCUUCUGAAUGACACGUCAGGUUACUUGUUUUUACAAAAUGAUGUGGGUAUACCCUUAGAUAAACCUACAAGGAUUUCUUAUGUUUAAAAUUUGAUAUUUUGCAUUUGCCAAUAAAACUUUUUUUUAUACAC